AUGGAGACCACCACUGAAAAACCCAAAGCUAUCACUGGAAAACCCAAAGGAGGAUUUAUGAGAAAUUUGAUAGCUGUAGAUUCGAAUCAGUCACUGAAAUUGAAUACUGAAAAAUUCGAAAUUGUUCAAUUCAAAAACACAACUGAAAAGGAUUAUCUAGAGUUUAACUCUAGCUCCAAUUCUAAACUGAUAAUACCAAAGUGA